AUGUAUAUAAUAGUUCCCAAAUUGAAACUGGAUGUACUAGUGUGGCGCUAGUGUAUAGGUGAUUUUAUUUAUUUUUCAAUUUAAAUGAGGUUAUGUCAUCCUCAAUCAUCUUGUUCUAGUGAGAAAUACAACUGGUACUGAUAAAUACUUUUAUGAUUGCGUUUCCGAGUUAGAUUCGACGUUAGAUUGAUGAAGUUAAUCUUUGUGAGAUGGCCGAAAUCCCUUUGAGUUUGGGCGAGAAGACAUUUAUUAUUCACGGGGUUGAUCUUGAUCUCAGAAAUGACGGUCGAUCGAGAUAUCAGUAUCGUCCUAUCGAGAUCGAAACUAAGCUGAUGAAGCAUACCCAUGGAUCAGCGAGAUUACGUAUAGGCAAUAUUACAGAUGUAUUAGUUGGCGUAAAACUUGAAAUUGACACACCGUAUGCUGAAAAACCAGAGGAAGGCAAAUUGGAAUUUUUCGUAGACUGUUCUGCUAAUGCUACACCGGCAUUUGAAGGCAAAGGUGGGGACGAUUUGGCGACUGAAAUUAGCAACGUCCUUUCCAUGGCCUAUCAGACACCAGACGCCUUCGAUUUAAAGCAGCUGUGUAUAAUACCUCGUCAGAAAUGUUGGAAAAUGUACGUGGACAUUUUGAUCCUUCAAUGCGGUGGAAAUCUAUUCGACGCUGUUGGUACUGCGGUGAAAGCGGCGUUGUAUAAUACUGAAAUUCCAAGGGUGAUCACAGCCACACUCGACGGUAACGAACCAGAUAUUCAGGUAUCAGACGAUCCUUACGACUGUAUUAAACUAGACGUCACAAAUUACCCAGUGGUACUAACAAUAUGCAAGAUUGGUGACAACUUCGUGAUAGAUCCAACAUCGGAAGAAGAAUCUUGCAGUACUGCUAGUAUCCUUAUGUCCGUGAUGCCGAACGGCAAGAUGACGUCUGUAGUCAAGCUGGGAUACGGCAGCUUGUUGCCUAAUACUUUGAUUAAGAUGUUGCAGGUUGGAAAGGAUAUCAGUUUCAAGCUAAACGAAGCUCUUAUGAAAGGACUGGAAGAGGAAAAUAAGCUCGGCCAAACGAAGCCCAUAUUUGGAUUUCUCAGAUAACAUUGCGCGAUACGUUGUUAUGGAUUUUAAAAGAUACAAAUAUAUUUUUUUCAAAUUCUUAGUUAUGUGGAUUCGUUAGACUGCAUAGUACUCCUCGUUAUUUUUUAUAACUGUUAACAUUACGACGCAAUAUUUCUCAAACUCUAACAGAACAUUUUUAAUACGUAAAAUUUGAAGAUUGCAUUAAGAUUGUAAAAUGAAAUAUCAAUAGUAUAGUUUCAAUAGCAUUUGACUAUAGUAUAACAAAAUUUAAUUGUG